AUGGUCCCCAACCUGCGCCGGUUGGCCGCAGAGCAUGCUGCCCUCCACAGUGACAAGCUCCCCCCGUACUACCUGUUCCCACCAGAAGAUGGCCGGUUCGCUGGCGCAGACGAUCUGUCCCAGUUGAAUGUGCUCCUCACAGGCCCGCCAGGUACCCCGUAUGCAGAGGGUCUGUGGCGACUGCAUUUGAAGAUUCCGGAUGAUUAUCCAAACAGCCCACCCAAGGCUGUCUUCCGCACGAAGAUCUGGCACCCAAAUGUGGAGGAGAACACAGGCGCAGUCUGUGUGGAUACUCUGAAGAAGGAUUGGCAAUCGAAGCUGACCUUGCGCGACGUUCUCAUUACGAUCUCGUGCCUUCUCAUUCACCCCAACCCAGACUCUGCCCUCAACGCGAGUGCUGGAGCUCUUCUGCAAGAGGACUACGACGAAUUUGCCCACCAAGCCAAGUUGAUGACCUCUAUUCACGCGCCGAUUACACCUGCAUACCAAGCCGCCGUGAAGCAAGCCAAGUAUCGAGGCGAAGACCCCAGCUCAAUCCCGGUAGAGCAAGACGACGUACAAAACCCUCGCCCAAGAAAACAGCCUCGCUUGCAAUCAAGCAUUCCCAAAAAGACGACCCGCAGAAUGAAUCCACCCGCCAACCAGCAGCAGCAGACACAAGCUGUUCCAGAACCCUCCCAGCCUACCAUUCCGGAGGAAAAUGAUCACCAUGAUGCUAUGACCGACGACGAGAACGAGGAACUCAGUGGUCCAGGCAAAGAAAACGACCCCUCCCUCUCACCAGGCCCAGUUCGCCCGCCGCCUCCAAGCCCGCGCAAGAAUGCACUGGGCAAGCGCCCUCUGUCCGUCAUCUCCACCUCGUACCCCGACGACCCUGAUGCCCAGACAAUGGUCAUCGACUCGGACUCUGAGGAAGAGCCUCCCCGCAUGUCUCCCUCAGACCGAAACAUCACCGCCAACUUCAUCCAUUCACGCAAGUCUCCCUCGCCGCAGCGCAAGCCCUCCAAGCUCGCUCUGAGCAAGGGAACCAACACCCCUCUUCGCCUGCGCGAGGAUGUCCAAAUCUACGAGGAUGUUCCGGACCGAACUCGCUACAAUGGAAAGGAGAACCGCGACUCUGACAUGCCGAGCCUGAAAGAGAGACCCGACAUGCAGGCUGCUACACUGGGUAGUAGCACCAAUGCCCUGUCUUCAGGCCCAAAUCCAACUCUGCCCGCGCCCUCGGCCCCUGCAAAGGCCAAACAUCCAUCCAAGGCCCGGAUCGGUAUCCGCAGACUGUAA